CUCUGCUGUGCUGAUGCAGAGUUCUGUGAACACAGAUUAAAUCCUGUUUGUUCCAGUGACAGGUUUUCCUGAAAGGAUAGGACAGGCAGCAUGGCAGGAGUGUCUGUCUGUCUGUCUGUCUGAGAGCCUCUGGCAUUCGGCACACUGCAGAAUCAACCUAUAUACUAGAUGGGCUGACGUCAUUUUAUGCAGUAACAUUUCUGAUUAUUUAUUUUUCUUUCCUGUUCCUAUAUUUGAACCCAGAAUACUUCCCUGGGCUGCACAGCUGGUGUUUGGACCCCACCAUUAAUUGGUUCUAGCGAAUUUAAAUAAUUUAUAACUUCACUGUUGUGCACUGUCACCAUGUGUUUCCUUUGCAUGAAAUCUAUGUGAUACAGUCAAAUUCGAACAUCAUUAUGUUUUUGCCGCAUGAAGCAGUGUUUGUUGGAAUAUUGUAAUGUUUGUCCCAGCACUAGGUUUUAGUAAUGCUUGCCCAGACCGUUAUUCCUCAAAGCUCUCGUUGAGCAGCUUCUAUUUAAAAUGAGACACCGGUGUUUUUUGUUUUUUGUUUUUUGUUUUUUUUAAGUGUUGUCGGUAUGGUGUGCAAGUCUAAACGAGUGAACGGAAACAAUCACAGCAAAGUGCUUAUUUCAGCUCAACAGGCUUUUGUUUAGUUUUUGCUCGUCCGAGCAGAGGUGAGGGGGCCGGGUGUUCUGGAUCCCAGCUGUAUUCAGUGGGAGAGACGGAGGAGAGCUGGGUGCCGUCAAAUCAAUUUCAUUUAAUUAAAGAAUUCCGAACCGCUGCGAUCUUAACCAGCUGGAGAAUCGUGGAGGUGAAAUUCCUAAAAAAAAAAAAAAAAAAAAAAAAAAAAACAACAAAAAAACUUAAAACCAGGGAAGGGAGUGUGACAAGACAGAACGUUAUUUAAAGAGGACACCGAGGAGAGUUUGAGGGCUGAGCUGAACUACCAGGGAUUGAAGACCAAGGAAGGAAAGGCAGGAAGGAAGAACCCAGUUUUAUAGAGGUAAGUGUUUUUUUUUUUUUAAUAUUCUGUUGUGUUUGUUUUGCAAUGUAUUUUGGAGCAACAACAAAAAAGAACAGUGUUGUCUAUUUAUUAACAGAGAAGUUGCAAUAGAAGAAUGUCAUGAAUAAAUAAUGUCAUUGCGACCUGUACCCACAGCCUUCAGCAGCUCAGCCAAUCGGGCGUAGAUACUUUGAACAAGAAGGGCACUGAGCUACAGUCACAGCACCUGCAUUAAAUCUGCAAUCGCCGAUAUCAAGAAUUAUAUCACCAGUACUGUAAAAAAAAAAAAAAAAAAAAAAAAAAACAUUUCAGUAUAUUCACCGUCGAUCUGAUUUCAUCUGACAUUGUAUAAUUCAAACUAAGAAAUGCAUUAGCGCUAUCUGUAUUUCUGACCUAUAAAUAUCCCUAUUUAAAUUUUUUUUUUUUUACCAACAGAAAAUGUAUUUUGCAUAUUGAUAAAAAAAAUAUGUAAUUCUUGUACCGUGCAUACUAAAUAGUUUGAUUAUUGUUUUGAUAUUUAUUUUGUUUUCUGUUGACUUUUUUUACUAAAUUGAAUUGAGCAAACAGAUCUGAACGCACUGCCAUCAAAAUCAUAGCGAACGUAUAGGAGGAAAUCCUUUAAGAAUGUUUAUUCUUUUUGAAAGUAUAGAGUGCUGUAGUAAAUGGCAUAAUGCAGCAUUUAAGUAUUUCUCCAUUCUACUUCAUUAUAAAGUUACUAUGUACAAAAUAUUACAUUGUACUGCAAGUGCAUUUUAUCAACACUGCAUAAAUGCUGCACUUUGACAACAGAAAUGAAUCGGAAUGGUAGUGCUGUGCCUAAUGUAGAUAGAUCAUCCCUUUAUUAUUAUCCGCCCCUCGCAAAGUGUUAUAAAGCCCAGUGAAAGAAUGGUAUAGCAUAGGCAAGCACUGUAAAGCCCAGAGAGGCAAACCAUGGUAAAUGCGUAGUACAAGCAUGGGAAAAUUGCAAAGUGAAUGUGUGCAUUUACAAAGGUAAACUUUUAUAAGGACCCAUCUAUGAAAAAUCUCUAGAAAUAUUGAAUGUUUCUGUGCCAUGAUGAAUUGGAUCACAAUAGAUCACAAGUGUGUUUUUUCAAAAUUUAAAGUAUUUAUUUUUUUAUCCCCACUGAGUGGUGGGGGGUAGGGGUGGGGAUAUUAAAACAAACCUGAAUUAUUAAAUCAUUUCCCCACCCCACCCCCCCCGUAUUCAGAGCCGGACCCCUGUGCGAGUUUGGGACCUCUCUGUGUCUGGGACCCCUCUGCUCCCUCUCUGAUGGAUGCCUGCACAGGGCUGGAGGGGCAGCGGCACUCCCAACUCCAGUAUGGGACAGUCCCGGGGAGAUACUACUACCAUGAGCCAAACUACGUGACCGACCUGUCUGACUGUCGACCUGAGAGAGACCCAGACAGAGCCCUUGGUUACUGGACCAUCCCUGGUUCCAGAACCGGACGGGUUCUCCAGCAUUACACCAACUGGAGGGCUGCCAUGGCUCCCCCUGAGCCCUUCAAUCUGGAUCUGCAGCUGGGGGUGCACUGGGAAUUGGAGAAGAGGGAGGGUAGGGAGCCGAUGGCCCGUGAGGAGUGGGCAGGGAAGCAGAGGGGUAGGAAGGAGAGAGCGAGAAGGAGGGGAGAGAUUGGGGCACCGAGAGUUGAAUCACGCAGUCCAUCCCGUUUGAGGAGAGGCCUGCCACCGUCCUGGGACCAGAACUUCAGUUAUCAAGAGCCAAGGCACUGGCGGUACAGUCAUACCCUACCCAGAAAUAAGCCCCUGGAUCCCCCUUCAGGAGCUCAUCUGCAGGGGCAGCUGGAGAGGGAAGAACGGUGGCUCCAUAACCAUGCUUUGCAAGACCCUGGCCUUACCAGAUCCAGAGACAGGAAGGAGUUGCUGGGAAUGUUGAGAGAGGAGGAGGGUGGCACUGCUACCCAGCUUACUACCCGUUUUCCCGGGACACUCAGUUUUGAGAAGGCAAGGCGGCAGGAGAGCAAGGGGGAAUUGAAAGAAAACCAACCAAAAAAGAGGAUGUUUAGCCAACCCCCGACUUACGUGCCUCCCCCUCCCUAUAGCUCCCCCCCCAGGACUGAGAGAGUCCCGAACCCCAGACCAGAGCUCUCCCAACUCGACAUCAACACAGCAGCGGGCAGGAAAUCUCCUGGGGAAUGGAGAAAAGAGGGGAGAGAGAAAGGGAUGGAGAAAAAGAAGAAAAGGCUGGAUCCUGAGAUCUGGCCUCAGACGCUUGGCUAUGGGACAUGGGGUGGCUCCACUGCACUCUCCAAGCAGAUGCCCCGUUUAGGGAGAGAGGGCCCGAUCGAUCGUGAGCUGUCUGGAGCCCCACAGAAAAGAUUUGAGGGAGGAGAGCUGACAACCAUUCCGGAUAGCAGGAGGAAGAAAAGCAGACCUGGGGAGACUGUCUUUUGUUUGGUUUCCCGGCCAGGGAGUGUAGCAGGAGGGCCAGACAAGCCCUUGGAGGUCAUUCCCCUGCCCAAGAGCGUCACCAAGGCAGGACAAAACAGCACUGAAAGGGUUAGAGGGAGGCUGGCGAGCGAGGGUUGGGAGGAGAGCAGCAGGAACUACACAGGCAGGGAGAGUAGCUCUCACUUGCCCCACAAAGAGUCCCACUCCCAGACUGUCAACCAGGAGAUCAGUGGCUAUUUGAAGCCCCAGGCUGGACGGGACAGAUCCCAGAGCGCUGAGAGGCAUCGGUCCCACAGCCACUGGGAGGAAGGAGAGCAGGGAAGUCGUAGAGGGGCAUCGCUACAAAGGGUUGCCAGGGAGCGGAGAGAAGGCUUUGUCAACUACCAGACUCUGCCCAGGGUACGGGGGCCAAGAGCCAAGGACCGGGCCAAAGGCAGGGGCAACACCAGUCAAAACAGGGAGGCUUUGGAUGCCUUUGAAAUCUCCAGCAAGACCUUAACCCUGAGUGGGCAGAGAGGUUUGUCAGGUUUUCCUCGCCAGAAGGAGAUAAAUCAACUUGGGAAUCCCAAGAUCGCGAAGCCAAAAGGAGGGGAGACUGGAAGCUGUGGCCCUAUGGAAGAUGCAGGGAAACUGAGGGAAGAGGGGGGAGAGGCUCAAAGGGACAGCAACAACAAUGGGGUUUUGCUAAUAGACGCUACCUGUGUUAUUGUUAGAGCUGAGUUUAUCUACCCACCAAAGAAAGAGCAUGUGCAAUACCUGUACCUGGCUAGCACAGAUGAUUCUGGACUACCAGAUAUGGACCAGAUUCCUUCAAACAGUAGCCAUGUCCUUAGCAAGGAUAAUGUAGAGACUGGACUGCAGAGGCUGGAGUCCUGGGAGAGCAAACAACAGAUUACCGAGACCCUUUCUCCCUAUGAGUGGCUGCUCCUCAUCAGCAGACAGGGUCAACGCACCCCACCUGCUUCGGAAACUCUUUCUGGAGGCUUCGAAACUCAGGAAGCCCAAAACUUAGAAAUGAUGGAUCAAGUGGCUAUCCCAUCCCCUGUACCCCAGAUUCGUGCCAACGAAACCCUGGAGAAGAGAACCAGAAGGAUUUUAGGGAUCCUCCAAGAAAAAAGCAGAUUGGAACUCGAGGGUGCCCUGUGCCGCUGGGAGGAGGAAGGAGAAAUUUUGGGAAGGGUUACGGAAUAUGACAGACCGAGAUCAGACAAUGAAGAGCAAGAGGCCCAGGGACAGGAGGAGGUAGAGGUUUGGGAGAGGGAUGGAAAGAGAGAAGCCUCUGGAGGUAGGGAUGCUGGGGAGAGGAAUAGGGAGGCUUCCCCUCUUGGAUGCUGUGAAUCUGAGGAGGAUGAACAGGAAAGAGGAGGUGGAGAGACUGUCCUAGCUGCUACAGGGGACGUGGAGACAGAAGCAGCAAACCUGUUGGGGGAAGAGCCUGAGGUUCAACCUCACAGGGCAGAGGAAAUCAGUGAAUCCCUAUAUGGGGAGCCAGCUUUCCAGGAGUCUGAGAACUGGCGAGAGGGGCCAGGGAGUCCCAGGGGAACAGAGGAACAGACCGAGGGAGAGACCACUGACAAGCCCUCCAGUCCAGCAGAGACCCCCACGCCUGAUGUGCUCCCCAAACUAGAUGAUGCACAUUUUGAGGCAGAACCUGCGGAGUCAUCCCUUGAUGACACUGAUGGCAUCCAGUAUACCCCCAUAGAGGAUAGCCCCCAACAGGAGACCACAGAAGGAGAAAUUCCUUCUCCAGAGUAUUGUCAGUAUCCUCCUCCUCCUCCUCCUCUUCCCAAAGACUUUGCUUCAAAUUCACGGACCCUUUGGGAUGCGGUCAACCGAAUCCGCAAACACACCGCCCCUGAUUCUGAAAGCGAGGAUGAGGAGGUGGUGGAGGUAUGGGAUAGGGAUGGGGAGGCUGAUAUCUCAGUAGGGAGGGAAGCUGGGAAGAAGAAUGGGGAGGUGGUCCAUCUUGAGGGAAGGGAACCUGGGGAGGAUGAAUGGGGAAGACUAGAAGGUGGGGAAGAGGAUGCAUUCUCCUGCAGCAGCUCAGACAGCCACACCUCCUGGGAUACAGUGAUUACAGGAGGCCCUGUCGUGUCUGGAGAGGAGGAGCAGGGAGAGAGUGACGCUGGGAGUGAUGUUGGGGAGCGGGGGCUGGGAGAGAGUAAGGGAUUUGAGAUUGAUGGAGAUGAUGACAGCAGCACUGACACUGAUGCUGAGCUAAGUCCCAUUAAGGAGGGGAUGGGUGGUUUGAGAAUGAUGGUAAGGAACUGGGAUCCAUUCAGUGGGGAUGGGAAGCUGGGGCCCACUGAGGGGGUACACGGAGGGAGGCAGAGUUUUCGAUGUGACACUGGGAGUGAAUGGAAAUUGGUCACUAUUGAGGAGGAACAGGAAGGGGGUGAGAACCCUGAGGGGAGCAGAGAGGAGGAAUGUGGGACACUCAGCCCUGCAGCAGACACAGAGAGUGUGCUACAUCAGGGUGCUCAAGAGAUAAAGGAACUAGACCACCUGCUGGACAGUAAAGGAGCUGCAGCCAUGGCAGCUGACAGAGAGGCGGGGCAAGACUCUGAUUGGGUUGCUAAAGAGGAAGAAGGGGAGGAGCAAGCUGAAAGAGGUGAGGCGGGACCAACAGAGGAACAGGAAGUGAACCCCUGUAUCGAGGAAAUCCUACGUGAGCUGAGAGAGACAGAGAGGGAGCUGUUCGGAACUUAAUAAUCAAUUACCAUGACAACCAAAGAUGACCACAUGGCGACAGUUUCCAUGGUGCUGGUUACAACCGAUUUAACAGACUUGGUUGUUUAUUGCAUACACUUUCCCCAGAUGAAUUUAAUUGUGAAAACAGUCAAAAAAACGGCAGCAACUAACUAUUGACCAGACCAUAUAAAAACAGGAGACUAAAGGGGAGAGUUUGGAUUAGCAAAGGCUUAGAUUGUGUUUACUGUUUAAUUGCAUUUAUAAUCUUCUCUAAUCCCGACCUCCUUUGACUGAGAAUAGCACUAAUCUACACAUUCCAAAUCUGACAAAAAUAUCCCAAGCCAGCUGGCUACACUGUAUAGAUGAAACUUCUAUUUUAUGCAGUUUUUCAUUUAUUAACACAAGUUUUAUAUUUUACCAGUUGCUUUAUUUUUGAAGUUUAAAGUUUAGUUUCGAAUGGCUGCUAAUCCGCUAACACUGUAUUUAUUUGAAUAUUAAUAAAGCACACACACUUUCAUUUUAAAUCUGCCGGUUUGGUUUCUUGUGUUUUAAUUUGCUAUCCUCGGCUGCUCUCUCUGUAAAGUGACUUUAUUUUGUAUUUUAA